GGCGGGCGUACGAUCUUGUUAACACAGAACCGCCAAAUCUCUCGCAAAUUCAACGCUGUAACUCUAUUCAAAUUAAUAAAUAAAAUAUAUUUCUUAUUUGCGUUCUAAUACAGUUACUAAAUAGUUUGCUAAAUUUGAUUACAGUACUUAUUGACUCCUUGUAAAUAUUGAUUUUCCCACCAGAAUAUAGAUACGGCACUGUUGAUGCUUUUUUAACAAGAAUGUUUAUGGUAGACUUUUUGGAUGUGUGAUUGAUAAUUAUUAUUGUGGAAAUGAACAAAUUAAAUAUUUUGUGUAAGCAAGAUAUAGAUGAGGAGCAAAAUGUCACUGGAAAUUGUACUAAGCCAAAUAAAAUGUUAGAAUUGGAUUUGGAUUAUUUAGAGCGUGGAGGAGGCACGUUGACAGUAAGUGGAGCACCUAGUAUAGAACCCAGCCCAGACAGCCUAGAUCUUGUGAAGGUUGUGUUGCUUGGUGCACCUGCAGUAGGAAAAACCAGUAUUAUUCAGCAAUUUGUCUGGAGUGAUUUCACCGAAGAAUAUCUACCAACAGAACGAAAACACACUUUCUAUCCAUCCGUAAUCAUCAAUGAGCAUCUUUACGAGAUCAAAAUAACAGACGUGCCAGUGAUUCCUUACUUCCCCGUAAAUUCCUACUACGAAUGGACCCAUUAUCGUUUUUAUGGCCUCCGUAAUGCGACCGCCUACAUUUUAGUAUUCGAUUUAUCAAACGUCGAUACAUUCCAGUACAUAAGGACCUUGAGAGAUCAAAUGGUAGAAAGCAGAGAUAUGAGAAACGUGCCUGUCUUAGUUGUAGGUAAUAAACAGGAUUUGUUAUGCAGUUCAACACCUUCUGCUUCGAGUGGUUUGCAACAGUUGGCAAUGGCGGAAAGUGCUUGUGGUGAUUCGAGGGAGAAACGACGUAAUAUCGUGAACUUAGUUCGCAAACAUUGGAAGUGUGGGUAUAUUGAGUGUUCAGCUAAGUUCAACUGGAGAGUGAUAGCUGUGUUUAAAGAGCUGAUGGAAAUGAUUGAUGCUUUGGAAGGUAGUAGCAGUGGGCGUAACGCUGAAGCUCCAUCAGAUUCUGCGGUGGGAGGGCAAACACACGAGAGUCGCUGUGCGGUUGCUUAGCACAUUUCGAUGCUAAAACAUUAUCUGAGCAGGACAUUAUCAUUCUCGUAUAAUAAUAAUUAGCUAUAGAAAUAAUCAAAACUGUUAUAGCAUAUAUUGUAUAUUUGUUACUUUGUACAAAUUGUUUUUAUAAGCACUUGUUAGUAUUGUUUUUGUUUUAUUGUUGGUAUGUUUAUUUGUGGGUCGCCAAUAUAUUAAGUGGGAAAUCUACCGAGGAGGAAAGUUGCAAUCACAACCCUUAUUUUAAAUAUAAAUAAAUAUUGAGACACUUUUACACAAAUUAUGUUGCCCCAAACUAGGCAUAGCCUAUGGGUACAAGACAACAAUAUAUUUAUUAAAAUAUACUUACUAAAACAUACAUAUAUAAAUAUGCAUGAGUCGGAAACUAACAUUCGUAAUUAUCAUAUAAAUGUUUGCACCUACCGGGAUUCAAACCCGGGACCUCUAGCUCAGUAGGCAGAGUCACUAGCCUCUGGGCUAUCGGGGUAGUCAACAAUAGAAGUGAAUCAAUGCCCCGUCAGGUUCAUUAAUGUAACCUUAAUUCCUUGAUUGGCAGAUGUAUAUUGAUAAAGAGAACUUCUAUUUAACGACAUUUUGAAUCAUACUUCUUGCCUCACUCAGCUAUUUUGUGGAAUCAAUGACCGACAAUGAACGACUUAGGGACCUUAAAGCUUAUAGCAUACUCCUACCUGAAAGGCUAACAAUUGGCGGAUGCCUCACCAUAACCCACCACGUAAGCCUCUUGCCUGUUUGCCCCCUUCUUAUAUUAUAAUAAACACUUAAAAUACUUUUUACUGGCGAACAAAAACACUUAUUCUAAGCUAUUGAAACUUUAUUAUAAUUACAGGUGUUUAUGAAACUUUUAUGACUAUCACGAACUUUGAAUACAAUUUUUACACGUUUUGCUCCGUUUGCUUGGGAAAUGAAUUAAGUUUUGUAUUCAGUUUGCUGGUUAACUUCAGAAUAAAGAAAGUAUUUUGACUAGUAACAAUAAAAUGUCGUUUUCUUCGCCAGCUCCAAAAUUGUUGUAUAUCUUAAUAUAUAUAAAUUCAGUGUCCUGAUGUUUGGUUCCUGUGAACUCUUUAACUCAUUUACGGAUUUUAAUUGGGAUUACUUCAUGGAGUGCAGUUUCGUUCUACUUGAGUGGUAGGAUAGUGUUUAUUUCGAUUUGGGACCCAUAAGUAUUUUUAUUUCUAACUAGUUGACCCGACAGACGUUGUUCUGUAUAUAAUAAAUAAAAUACUAUUUUUUAUGAAUUUGUCAAUAAUAUUUCAUAACAUCAAGAAUUAUUUCGUAAAAUAUGCUCCCUGCUAUCGUAAUGAAAUUGUUUCACAGCAGAACUGUCAAACUGUGCGUCAAUAAAUUCUCUCAUAGAAAUUAUGUAUGGACACAUCAAAGGAAAAACAAAUUUGUUGUUUUUAUUUAAUUUAGCAGCAUUUUCCUAUUUAUUCACCUUUUAAACCUUCUCUGGACUUCCACAAAUAAUUCAAGACCUAAAUUUGCCAAAUCGGUCCAGCCGUUCUCGAGUUUUAGCGAGACUAACGAACAGCAAUCCAUUUAUAUAUAUAUAUAUAUUGUUUUGUAUGGGAAUAUUUUCUAUGAGAGAAUUUGUUGACGCACUGUUUGACAGUUCUGCUGUGCAACAGUUUCAUUAUAACAACAGGGAGCAUAUUUUACGAAAUCAUUCUUGAUGUUAUUAAAUAUUAUUGGAAAAUUCAUAAAAAAUAGUAUCUUAUUUAUUAUGUACAGAACAACGUCUGUCGGGUCAGCUAGUGAUGUAUAAAGUAAUAUGAAAAAUGUCAAUUCUUGUCAUAAUCAUGCAAAUUCGCUGUUGUAAUAUUGUUCGUUUAUCUUGCUUCAUGCAAAAUUGUUGACGUUUUUAAGCUAAAUGCAAAACAUGGUAUGUGAGGUUGUCGGAUUAUGUAAAUAUUGAAAAUAAAACUGUCGUGGAUCAGUGACUUCGUUGAAAGAUAUAAAAUAUAUAAUUUUUAUAGUCUCGUCAUCACUAUCUAAUACUCAAAGCUUAGUCCGUGUUCCAGAAGGUGUGUCAAUACUUGAUCCGUCAUUAACGAUCAAAUAUCUUUUACUUACUGUAUUUAUAACGUAUACAGGUAUCUUAGCGUCUUAUGCUGCUCAGAAUUUUUGAAAAUCCUGAGCGAUUUUGCAUUGAAGUGGGUAGAUUCUAUCACUCAUAUUCUUAGAUUAAGGAUUGGUCUCACCAAUACCUAACCACUCUACCUAAGAACAAUAGCUUUUUUAUUACGGCAACUAUUUGGUGCUUGUGUGCGUGGCAUCUUGACACUCAAUGGCAUCUUUCACAUUUUCAUACGCUUCGUGUUAGUUUACAUUGAAAUUAAUAAAAUACAAAAUACUUACUGAUGAUACGUGAUCCCAGUGUCUUUCUUAUUUCUUGUAGUAUUAUUUUUACAAAGCUUUACUACGCAUCCCGGCUAUUGUAGUAUCAAUUAUUAGCAAAGUUUAACAGAACAUGUGGCACGACAACGUCACACUGUUCAAGACUGGCUCGAGUACGCCCACUCGGGCGUAGUAUUACUUACCGCACGUUGCGACUACACAGCGGAGACCAAUCCUUGAUCUAAGCUUACACCACAGAACAGUCAGAAGAGAUUCAUUACUGUUCUGUGACUAUACCAUAACAUAACCGUAUUCCUCGUCUUACCACUUCUCAUCAUAAAUCAAAAUUAUUGUUACUAUCUUAAUAAAAUAUACUAAGAUAUAUUAUUUUUACUAUUUGUAAGGUAUCGAUGUUUUUAUUAUAAGAUUGUUGUGAAAAGUUACAUAUGACAGAGAUACCAUACCAUACAGAUUAUUUUAAAAUAGUUUAGCGUUUUAAAGUAAUUUGAUUUGAUGGCAAUUUUGUAUAAGAACUGUUUCUUAUUGUUGUUGUUUUAGAACUGUAAUUAUUGUAUUUUUGUAAAUAUAAUUAAUAUUUGUUUUUUUUUUAUAGGCUAGAGUUAACAUGUGCUCUGUGUUGUGCUUCUACCUCUGUGCUUCCUCUUAGGACGUCUUAAUAACUAUUUUUCUUAUAACUCCUGUAAAUAAAUGAGGGUAGGAUGAAAAUGGUUGAAAAAAAACAAAAGUGAAUUUGCUAGAAACUGUCAUAACCAUAAUGUUAACACUCAAAACAGACAUAAACAUAUAAUGCCUACUACUCGGCUCAGUCGAGUUAGUAAGGCUUUUGUGGGGCGAUGUAUAGGCUUUUACAACAAGAUCCCAGUAAAUGAUCAAGACAAAAUAUAAUGUAUUAAGAAAUAUAAAAGAAUUGUUAAAAACGUUUGUGUGAUAUGUAAGUUACUAUAAAAUAAAUGGAUUUCUUAAUCAUACUAUCUCUCUAAUAUCUCUCAGGGGCGUCGUCCGUCUACCUUCCCAGUAACCAUCAGUUGUUCGAGGUUGUGGCCAUCUUUUCUGGCGAUAUGUCUAAAGAACUCUAAGAUUUUGAGGUGGCAGAUGGAUCAUAGCCUGGUGUUUACACCUAGACUGUGAAGAAUGGAUUGGUUGGUGUGAAAUGCUAUUAGUAUCAGUAGUAUCAUAUACUGUACGUGUUAUUAAUUACGCAAGCCAAGCACUUGGGUAUUUAAAUACACUCAUACUUGUCAAGUCUUUUUAAACAAAAUUAUAUCAAAAUUAAACUACUUAUAUCAUUAUUGUUAAUGUCAAUCGAAUAAGUAGUCAGUUUUGAAUAGUAAGUUUUGCACUUUGUGUUUCGCUAAGCGACCAAGCGCUUUUAACAUUCCAGUAAUCAUUUACAGUACUGUUCACAGUAUUAUUAGCCCUUUUAAUUGAAAUGUUCUUGAUUACCGAUUCAAAUCUAUCAAAGAGCAAUUCUUGCAGGCAAACAGGUAUUUUAUCAUUAAUGCCGACACCCAUUACCAUAAACUUGUUUGUGAAUGUAUUGGAAUUAAACAAACACUAAAUGUGACGAGAAUCUUGCCACAAUACAUCAAUGAAAAGGGUAUUAGAAUCGGUCUAGCGGUAAUUGAGCUUAGCGUGCACAAACAAAGAGGCAAAAGUUGUAAAAAGAUUGAUAAAAUAUUUAAUGUAGAAACGCCUCAUUUUGACGAUUGCAUUAUAUGAAUAGAUCGAUUAUAAGUGUUUCGUACAAAACAAUUAAAGCCUGAAGGUUUCUACGCUUACGAAUAGUACGUGUUGUAGUCGUGAGGCGCUAAAAUUUAUGACUAGAGGGGAUUUUGGUACAAAUUGAAUUUGAAUAUUCACCCCGUUGUUAGGAAGGAUACUCAACAAUUUUUUAAAAAACAUUUUAGUUAUUAAAUUAUUAAGAUUUACAUUGUUAACUUAUUUAUUUAUACGUCUUUACUCACGAUUUAUCGGUGUGGGAACCAACUAGUAUUGGACCAUUCGGAGGUCCUUCUUCAGGGUGAUUGUACUGGGUUCGCGAUAAAGUCCCGUCUCAUAUUGCGGAAUCGUGCUCGUAGUGCGCGGCUGGACAGGGUGGUGGGGUUUUUGGAUCAAUUUUAAUAGAGACAAGGGUUGGGCUCUGCCACCUAACUGUAACAGUGUUGUUAAACGCAUUUAGCAAUACCAGUGGGUGGCUCCUUUGCACAGGAUACCGGCUAGAUUAUGGGUACCACAAUGGUGCGUAUUUCUGCCGUGAAGCAGUAAUGUGUUAACAUUAUUGUAUUUCGGUCUGAAGAGCGCCGUAGCUAGUUAAAAUACUGGGAUAUGGAAAAUGAGACUUAACAUCUUGUCUCAAGAUGACAAGCGCAUUUGUAGUGCCGCUCAUAAUAUAUGGGUUUUUUAAGACGCCUGAGUGGAACUGCAUUGUAAUGGGCAAGGCGUAUCAAUUUCCAUCAACUGAACGUCCUGCUCGUUCGUCCCUUAUUUCAAUAAAAAUCUCGCAAUAAGACCAGACCCACAGUGCCUGUGAUCACGUAGUGGACAUUUUGACAUAGAGUACAUUUUGUGCACCCGUGGAAGCCAAUAGUGAUAAAUUGUCAGCCGUGCUCGUCAUCACUACUGGCGCCACCCGCGCUCCCCGAUCUGUCCAGCCGCGCAAUACGAGCACAAGUCCACAGUAAGAGUCGGGACGUUAUCGCGAAACCACUACACUCACCCUGAUGAAGGACCUCCGAAUGGUCCGAAACUAUAAUUUCAUAUUUUUUUUACAUAUCUUCAUAAAAAAAUACAUGUCGGUGCCCAUACUAAUAAAGUGAGUAAAGCCGUGUUAAUUAAUAAGUUAACAUUUAUGUAUUAUGAUUUAAGUGAAUUUUUGUUAUAUAUUUUCCACAUUUGUGUUACUAAUGCGCUCUGUGGCGUCGGUGGGGAUAUAUGUAAAACCGUUGAUUCUUAUCACGGUUACUCCGGUUCAUUCCUCGCCCGCCAUGAAUCGAUGUAUUUUCGAUAUCAUAUUAUAUAUGUUUAUUUGACGCUUUUUAAGGUAGGCGACGCUCUCGCGAUUCCUCUGGAGUUACUCAUACCAAUCAAGUUUCACAAUUGUAUGCUUGUUGUUAUGUCACCCAUAAAAAAAUUUGUGGGCAGCCUAGCGAAACUCUCUAAGAAAAAAGCGUUUCACGCGAUUUUAUGAAACGUGCAGUCAUUGAUAGAUUGACAUAUGACGGAUAUAAUCUUGUAAAAAACGGCGAAAGCCGAAAUACACAACGUUCUAGGCAACUGUUCGCUUUCAAACUUAGCCGGAAUAUACUUCGUCGCUAAUCGCCACACUGUAAUUACUACUAUAUCAAACUUAUGUAAAAUGACUGCACGUUUCACACUAAACUAAAUUUCAAUUUUUACUCGGGCAGUCCCACCUCCAAUUACGUAGUAUUUACACCCUCUUUGUCUAUGGGUUCAUUGUCUUGUCAGGGUUAAGGUUUUGUGAACAGUUUAUUAAAUUCUUGGACUUUAGUGAAUUUGUUGUCAACUUCUAUAGUAAUCAAGCCUGCACUAAUAU